GACGCCCCGAGACCCCACACCGGUCCCAAGCUGUAUCUACCGUCGGAUUGUUGCGUUCCGGUGAACAGGGAGCAUUCAUCGACGUCAGCCCACUACAACGCUCUCGGCUCCAAGUUGGAUUUCAAAACCGGCUGUCCCGAUUCCGGCCCUUCCGGUAUUGGUGGCGGCGCAGUCAGUGCUGCGAGCAGUGCAGCCUCCUCGGGCCAACUGUCGGCCAGUCCGGACUCGCAACAGUUCAACAUCUUCCCGGCCAUCUUCAGCCGCCAGCUGAACUUUACCGGAAGCACGUGUGGCGGCACAGGUGGUGGCGUCGGAGCUACUUCCUCCAAUCAAAACAAACUCAUGGACGACCUGCGGCCAAACCUCGUCGGUGGCCUACUCGGCCUGCAGCAAGGCCUACUCGAUGACCACACGCUCGGCCACGGAAACCUCCAGCACAACGCCCAGGAUACCAAGUUUAUGUCACUCCAGGACAACCGACUCAUGGGGAUCGGGCCCCACGAAAACCGCCUGCUUGGAUUAUCCCAGGAAAACCGAACACCCGUCGGCCAACCCAACCUCGACAAACCGAUCCAGCGGAAGUGCAGCAGUACGCCCGAGGAUUUCAGCUCCCUGUACGGUGGAUUAGCGGGGACGCCCAUCAGUGACCAUCACCAUCAUCACACGCCUGCCCAUACGCCUCCGAACCGGCUGUCGGACAAUACGUCGCUAACAGCGGAAGGUGCUUUCAAAAAACUAAAACCCGAACCCAACAGCGGGCUCUCGUCGGUGUCCGGUAGCAUCUCGUCGCCCGGAAGUGGUCUCUCGUCCCUGCCUCAGCAUGCCGGCCACACGCCCACCACAGCAUCCUGUCCGACACCGGCACGGAGGCGGCAUCGGACCACAUUUACUCAGGAACAGUUAGCAGAACUAGAAGCGGCCUUUGCAAAAUCUCACUACCCCGAUAUCUACUGUAGGGAGGAAUUAGCACGAACCACUAAACUGAACGAAGCAAGGAUACAGGUCUGGUUCCAGAACCGCCGGGCCAAAUAUCGCAAGCAAGAAAAGCAAUUACAGAAAGCGCUCGCCCCCUCGGUGAUACCGUCGUGCAACGGCAUGAUGAGAAACAUACAAGGCUACAGCGUGUCCCGGGGUUAUCAACCGUAUCCCCAUCCAAACUCAAUCAAUCGAUAUCCGCAGGAUCUGUUCCAGAUGGGAGCCUCGUCGUACCCCGGCAUGACGCAACCCUUCUCGAUGUCACACAGUUCAAACAUGGGCUCGGUCGGAGUACGCCAGGAUUCGAUGGGAAUGUCCGCCGAAGACGAAUGGUACAACAAGAGUCUGUCCGCGCUGCGGAUGAACAGCUCGCACCACCCGAACCUGUCCGCGCCGAUGCUGCAGUACCAGACAUAAUUAAUGUAGGAUCAACCCUCGGCCUUCCCGAGCUGCUGACUGUCCACGUCCCCUCUGGAGGAGCAUUGAACGACAUUCGAUUCCUAAAAGAGAAAAUCUUUAUUUUUGUCGUGCAAAUUAAAAUGGUCCGCGGUGAGGGACGGGGGUCACUACUUUUUUGUCGGGGGGCAAUCUGCAACAAUGAACCGUUAAAAUUCCAUUAGCCACCCACUCGCAAAACGGACGCAUAAUUGAAUCAAUUUAGUAGAGCGCACUAAAAACGCGGUUUUAUUUUUAUAUUUUAUUUCGAUCUUUCGUGGAAGCGUUAAUCGGCCGCACCCGACCAAAACGCACGGUUCUUUUCUCCGAAAUUGGUCGGAAACGCGACCGAUUUUUUCGAUUUAUUUAUUUUAAUUCACCUAGAAAUGGCGCAGAAUGAAUAAAUUAACCGCGGCGAAUUUUUGUACGUUCGAUUUAAUAUUAAAAGCUCGCUAAUUUAUUCGCUCUCAAAAAACAAUGUUGACGCUAACGAGAAUUUAAAUAUUUUACCCCGGGCCACGGUGAGGAGGAGUGAAACAAAAAAAACAGUGUAGUAUCUAUAGAGAAAAUACAAAAAAAAAAACUUGUACAUUAAACCGAAAUGGAGCGUGAAAAAAGGAGAAACAUUAAAUUGCGUUUGCAACACCCAUGCUGAGAAAAAUCAAAUAUUAAAGCAAACUGCGUGCAUAUGUAACAAAACAAAACAAAAGGAUUAAGAAAACAAACCAUACGAUAUAAAGAAGAACUAGUUUGUAAGAUAAAAAUAUAAAUUACUGGAAAUAACACAAAAGAAACACAAAAAAACACUAACACUAAUUUAACGAUGCUAAGAGUGGCAAAACGUCUAAAGUUUGAAUGAUCGUAGCUAAAUUAUUUUAAGUUGAUGCUCUUGAUAGGGACAAGCAACAACAAAAAAUCGAGGAAAAAAUAAUAAAUCUUAUAAUCACAUUUAAACGAGAAAACAUUCCGAGGAGAGCGAUUAGUUGAACUAUUACAAAUAUAUGCAGCAGCAGCAGCAGUACCAUUUCUAGUCACAAAGAAAGCUAAAUCCAAAGCAUUGAUUGUACUUGUACAUAUAGGCCGAAAACAAUGCACAGUGGUCCAGAUCGCAAAAUUAAGUGGAAAAUGGAUUUUCCGAAAAAUGGUGACGUUUUGGAGCUUUGGUGUCUUCAGAAGAGUUGUUGCAAAUGGAAAGGGGCAACUUUUGGAUUGGUUUAAAAUUAGGGUGGUUCACGAUUAGGGUGAUUUUGAAAAUCUAACUUUUCAGGAAUAUUUUUGGGAAUUUUUUUGUCUUCUAGAAAGUUGAUGGGCUUGCCAAUCCAAGCAACUUUGUCGAAGACACCAAAAUUUUAUCUCGUAAUCUACGCCUUCUAUGACCAAAUUUAUAAAAAGCAUCUGAGCAAACCUUCAAAAAUCAGUUUUUUGAACGUGGCAAUUCAGGGUUAACUUUUAGAGAAAAGUGAUAUUCGGAGCACUUUUAGAGCUCUACAAAACAAACAUUUUCAUUUUUUGACAUGUCAAUUUGGACUUAAGGGUCAAAAGUUACAGCCAUUUUAAGGUAAAAAAGAUGCAAAUUUAAAACUUAAAUAUCUCAAAAUGGCGCAAGCCAAAUUUUAAGCACUAGGUUGCAUUUGAAAGAAGAGAUCUAGCACUACAAACGCUGAAAAAAUCUCAGGGGUGUUUUUCUUUAAACUUGAGAUAUCUUCAUUUGAAAAAGUCUAAUUUUCAAGGGAAAACCAUAUGGGACCACCCUAACGAAAUUCGAAAAUUGUCCAAAUAUAUGUUUUUCCAUGUAAUUUUGCCCGCUGAAUCUGAAUCUGCCCUCAGAAUUGAGCCAAAAUGUCAACAAAUCGAU